AUGUCUUCUCCGCCGAAACAAUCGGCUCCAGCACCUGCUGAAAAACGUACAGAGGUACCCACUUACGCUGCAUUUGCCCCCUCUACUGCUCUCCCACCUCAAAACACUUCACCACUCUUAGCCUCCACUCCACCCACAAUAACAAAAGCCCUCUCACAAGCAUACCCACUAUUACUAGCAGCAGACCAUGCAUUCGCACUCCUCACAUGGACUUGUGAUGACCUCUGGCAACCAUUCUUGCUCACAGUAACUUACGCAGGCCUUGUACUAUAUUCAGACCCUCUCCUCAAAUACGCUGGCCAUCUCUUCGCUGUCGCAGCCGUUGCAGCCCAUGUUUAUGCAGGAAUUAGUCUGGCAAAGGAAAGAGCCUCCCACCCAACUUUAGACUCUAUAGUCCAUACUCUCACAAACUUAACAACCCGUGCAAACCUCUUUUUUUCUCCCAUAACUACCCUCAAUCUCUCCCCACAUGAUGUGUCUAGACUCCUCUUCACCACCCUUUUCAUGUCUCCAGUUUACAUGAUCAUUGCCUUUUUCGUGCUUACUCCACGUUCUAUCAUCCUCUUUACCGGAAUUGCCAUUCUUACCUAUCACUCAGUCUAUGCUCGUGUUACCCGUGCCGUUCUUUGGCGUUCCCGCUCUAUCCGUCUAGCUGCCUUUUAUAUCACAGGCCUUGACUUUUCCCGUACUCUUAAGCGUGCAACCACAGGUUCUUCAUCUGCUGCUGCUGCUGCCGCUGCCGCAACUGCAGGCUCACCCUUUGGGGUCCAGUCCAAAGAUGGUAAACCUGUCCGUUUCGUUUAUGUCAUUUACGAGAACCAGCGCCGCUGGCUCGGCAUUGGAUGGACCGCUAACUUAUUGGCAUAUGAGCGUGCCCCCUGGACUGACGAGUUUCUUAACGAGUCUCCAGCACCAGAAGCUUUCCGUUUGCCUUCAGACGAUGAGGCCAUUUCUGCCGUCACAGGAGUCACUGCUUCUGCUGGAAUCUUAGGUGGUGGUAAUAAUACUAAUAAUAAUACCUCUAGCAGCACGGCUGUGCAUUCUCCAUCAUCAUCAUCAUCAUCAUCAUCAUCAACAACAACUACUACUACUACUACUGCAACUACCACUACAACCUCCGCAGAAAAUAACAACAACAAUAACAACAGCAACCCCUUUGGCUCAGUCCAUUGGCGCUGGGUCGACAAAACAUGGAAACUCGACCAAACAAACGACGGCGCACUUGUCGUCCCCAAGGGCAAGUCACGACUCACUGCCGACCCUGGAUCUGCUAACGGGUGGGUCUACUAUGAUAAUACAUGGAAAAAACCGUCCACGGAAGACACCUUUCUUAAGUAUACUCGCCGGCGGCGUUGGGUCCGUACUGCAGAACUUGUCUCAAGUGAUCAUGCUGCUGCAACCCCAAUUCUUCCAGCUGCUCCUCCACCUGCUGUUACUGCCCAGAAAUCUACAGCCUCUGCUGCUGCUGCAACAGCUACGGCCACGGCUGAGCCCAAGUCGGAGCCCAAACAGCGCAAAUCCAUUCGCUUUGAAGAGUAA